AUGGACGACAAGAUCCGCGCGCUUACAAAGGGCAUGUCGAAUGUUCGCAUCGUAGACAUAACGAACCAAGAGCAACUCAUACACGCCAUCAACAGCAAUCCUCCGAUAGCUCCGAACCUCCGAGGCCAUCACAAACCGUUCUCUCCCGAAAGCGAACUGGCCCCGGUCUAUGUCAAUGAGAUGCAGCAGGACUAUCGACAUGUAGGCAAAGAGGUGAUUGUCAAGAUCGUUGAGAUCGAGCGCAAGAACGGUGUCAUGCUCACCUGCAUUGCUCCGGAUGGACUCGAAGAUAGGAAGAUCCUGGUCUGGUCCUUGUUUCUGCGACCACUCGGCCAUGAGCUUCAGGCAGGAAUGUUACUGUCUUUGCGUGAGCCCUACUUUGGCCAAUGUCCUUCAGGCGAGCUAGCAAUAUGUGUACACCAUCCUAGUGAUUGCGAGAUCAUGACGGAAGAGUCGGUCAAAGAUCAAUCACCUCACAGCUACAAUACAUGGUCGAGCUCGAAGGGAUCGCGCGGUUCUGCAAGUAUGCCUAUCUCCAUCAUGCCGCGACUCUGUGGCAUUGAGAUUCGUUCUAGUCCACUCGGCGGUCGUGGCAUGUUUGCGACCCAAGCUCUUACCUCUGGCGACCUCUUGCUGUGUGAAAAGCCUCUAGCUCUGUAUACCGGAGCUGAAACUUCAGCAUACGCCACCAGCAUCAACGACAUUUUGUCUGGCAAGCUCAUCAACCCACGAAAGCUCGCCCUCUUACAGCAUCUUGUCGACAAGGUCGGCCCAAACGAAUUGCUUCGCAAGAAGUUCUUCGACCUGUACGCAGGCUCCUUCACCACUGACCCCGACCUCUCCGCGGCCGGUCCAGACGUGUUUAAUACAUACACUGCCCUCUCGAUAAUCCAGCACAACGCACACACCAUAUUUCCCGGUAACACAUCCGACCACCACAACAUGGCUAACAAGCCAGCGAGCGAAACGAAGCUGUCCCCAACAGAUCAGCGACCAGGUAUAUGGCUCGAAGCAUCCAGGAUGAACCACAGCUGUCUACCCAACGCAUCCUGGUCCUGGAUCGGGGAUAUGUUCGUCGCUCGUGCGAAUCGCGAUUUUGCGCAGGAUGAAGAAAUCACGGUUGCUUAUGUGCCCAGCGCGUAUCCGCCGGAGAAGAGGAAGAACAUACUGCAAGCUGCGAAUGGGUUCGAGUGCCGCUGCGAGCUGUGUGUCGCGGAUAGUACCGCUGUGAGGCCUGAGGGUGCACAAGAAGCAAUGGCCAAAGCUCAGCAUUUGCAACGUCUAACAGCCAACAACGACUCUCGCACUGCAGCGAAACUUGCAACAACCCUCGUUCGGGACGCCCUUCCAUACUAUCCGCUGGAUACCUACGCGAAUCUCCCAUGUCCACAACUCGCCGAGCCAUUAUUCCAGCUGGGCAAGCUUCUCAUGCAUACGCUCUCCACAGACAAGCCAGACGACCCUGUCUUCAUACAAGCCCGCGACUGCUUCGAAGCAUGCCUAGAGAUUGGCCUGGGCUACAAAAUCGUCCAUUAUCAGAGCUACUACGAUCUUCUGGCUAUACAAAACAGCCAACCAAGACCUGUUGGGAUCUUAGCAUUGAUGGCGCUGGCAGAACUUCACUUCCUUCUUCAAAGCAAGCAUGGUAUCCCUGCCUGUGUCUCGCUGAAGGUCUGCGCAAAGAAGAUGUACGGGAUUUGCUAUGGCGAGGAUAGGACUUUCGCGAAUCAGCACCAGUAUUAUGGCUGCAAGGAUGUUGAGCCUGAGGUUCGAGGGCCGCACGGGAGCAAGGGCAAGUUUUGGGUCGAGAGAUUGAAGGAGGCUAAGGAGAUGGCGAAGAAGGAGGGCCUUGAGAAGAGAGCUUGGCCGAAGUGGUUGGCGGAAUCGUGA